AAGAGAGGAAAGGAGCUCAGGAAACGUGGAGAUUUCCUCUGGAUGUGAGGUGUGUGUGAACUCCCCACGUCCUCAGUGAGACUCCGAGGGAGAAGGACACGUCUCCUCUUCGGACAAAGAGCUUUUAUUUUGUAGUUUCAGGACAUAGCUGGUGUGAGACAAAGCAGGGGACACUUGUAUCUGUGGAUUACGAUGCUGAGACGACACGAGGACUUUUAAGUUUUUUAAGUUUUCACUUCAGAAAACAAAUUUCAAACAGUUUUAUCUUUUUCUCAAAGCACCGAUAUUUCUCCUUUGUUGGUCUGCUGAAGGCGUUUUGCCCCCUGGUGGUCUGUGGUUGUACAGUUUUUGGUGGUCUCUGGUUAUUAGCUCCCUCCGGUCAUGUAACCUACCCCCCGCCCGCUCGCCCUGGACCUCACCCGGUGAACCCACUCGCCUGGACCGGUUAAUUCAGCCUCGCAGGUUUCAGUCUGUGGACUCCCCCGAGGGUUCGGCCAUGCUGCGUUGUGUCCUGCAGCGAGCCAACAACCUGAGGCACUCGGACCCGCUGGCCGGUGUCAGCUUCAGAGGGUCCAAGAAGAAGACGAAGGUCAUCAAGAACAACUCGAAUCCCGUCUGGAACGAGGGCUUCGAGUGGGACCUGAAGGGGAUUCCUCUGGACUCCGGAGCCGAGCUGCACUGUGUCGUCAAAGACCAUGAGAAGAUGGGGAGGAACAGGUUCCUGGGAGAAUGUCGACUCGCUCUCAGAGACGUGAUGAACUCUCCCAGCCUCGCCGCCUCUUUCACCAUCUCCCUGCUGGACACCAAGAGAAACAACACGGGGGCCACGCUGACCCUCCAGGUUUCCUACAUCCCUCCUCCAGGAUCACUCCCCCUCUUCCAGCCUCCUACCCAGCCUGAGGUCUACUCCCACAACAACCCCAGCGUGGAGCUGGACACUGUCACAAUGAUUUCUCUGGACACGCUGGGUGAGGAGGACACGGAGAGUUUGAUGAUGCUGGAGCCUCCAGAGGACCAGGGGCAGGACGAUGGACGGUCCAUGAUCAUCGUGGGGCCUCAGGGGCUCCCGGGCAAAGAGUCCCCCCCCAACCACACCCCCAAGCGCUCGCCUCCGUCCUACAACGCCCAGGGGGGGCUGAGGAAGAGGAGGAAGGGAUCCAGCCCUCAGCAGAAGCCUCUGGCCAACAAGCCCCAGGACCUGCAGGUGCGCGUGCGGGUCAUCGAGGGACGACAGCUGCCGGGCAUCAACAUCAAACCUGUGGUGAAGGUGACGGUCUCCGGGCAGACGAAGAGGACUCGCAUCAGAAGUGGAAACAACCCCGUGUUUGAUGAGACGUUCUUCCUGAACUUCUUUGAGACUCCAUCAGACCUGUUUGAUGAACCCAUCUUCAUCACUGUGUGCGACUCUCGCUCUCUCCGGACUGACGCUGUGAUCGGUGAAUUCAAGUUGGAUGUCGGCACCGUCUACAACGAGCACAGACACUGCUUCCUGAGGAAGUGGCUGCUGCUGUGCGACCCUGACGACCUCUCCGCGGGGGUCAAAGGUUACCUGAAGGUCAGCCUCCUCGUCCUGGCCGCCGGAGACGAGCCCCCGGCUGAUAAACGUGAGUGUGUGGAGGACAAAGAGGACAUCGAGGGAAACCUGCUGCGGCCGGCGGGUCUGUCCCUGAGAGGAGCCGCCUUCACCCUGAGGAUCUUCAGGGCCGAGGAUCUGCCGCAGAUGGACGACGCCUUCAUGGACGGGAUGAAGCACAUCCUCGGGUUCGACAGCAACAGGAAGAACCUGGUGGACCCGCUGGUGGAGAUCAGCUUCGCCGGCAAAACCAUCUGCACCAAGAUUCUGGAGAAGAACGCCAACCCUCAGUGGAACCAGAGCCUGGCCAUGCCCAUCAGAUUUCCCUCCAUGUGUGAGAAGAUGAGGAUCAGGAUUCUGGACUGGGACAGAGCCAGUCACAAUGAUGUCAUCGGCACCACCCACCUCUGCAUGUCUAAGAUCUCCGCCCCCGGAGGAGAGAUAGAUGUCGACGACAGUCUCGGUUUCCUGCCGACGUUCGGCCCGUGUUUCGUGAACCUGUACGGCAGCGCCCGGGAGUUCACCGCCUUCAACGACCCGCACGAGAACCUGAACCUCGGAAAAGGGGAGGGUGUAGCGUACCGAGGACGAGUUCUAGUUGAACUCACCACGAAGCUGGUGGACAAACCGGAGCAGAGAACUGAAGAGAUCCCAUCAGACGACCUCCUGGUGGUGGAGAAGUUUCUCCGGAAGAGGAAGUUCUCUCUCUUCGUGGCGUUCUACUCGGCGACGCUCCUCCAGGACGUGGACGACGCCGUCCAGUUCGAGGUCAGCAUCGGAAACUACGGGAACAAGUUCGACUACACCUGCCUCCCCCUGGCCUCCACCACCCAGUUCAGCCGGGCCGUGUUCGAUGGUUGUCACUACUACUACCUCCCGUGGGGAAACGUGAAGCCGGUGGUGGUGGUGUCUUCAGAGUGGGAGGACAUCAAACCGAGGAUCGAGGCUCUCAACAUGUUGCUGAGCAUCAUCGACCGACUGGAGGCCAGCCUGCAGCAGGUGCAGCUGGGGGUGAAGACAGGAAGUGACCUGGAGGAUCUGGAGCAGCGAGUGGUGGAGCUGCUGGAUCAGGUGAUCACAGACUGCAGUGAGGAGCUGCCCUCUCUCGCCCAGUGGCAGUGCACGACUCCACUGGACCGCUCGCUGAGACACAUCCGCUCGCUGCACCUUCAGAACAUCGUCACGGCCGCGCUCGCCCUCAAACACGGGCCGGCCACCGACCUGUCCACGGUGCUGGAGCAGGCGGAGGACUGGGCCAGCCGGCUGAGGACCAUGGCCGAGGAGCCUCAGAACAGCCUCCCGGACAUCGUGAUCUGGAUGCUGCAGGGCGACCGCCGGGUGGCCUACCACCGCAUCCCGGCUCACACCGUCAUCUUCUCCCAGGAGCACUGUGGGAAACACUGUGGACAGCUGCAGACUGUCUUCCUCAAGUACCCGCAGGGCAGCGGUGCAGAGGCUAAACUUCCUGGUCAGCUGAGAGUCAAGCUCUGGUUCGGUUUGGCUGCAGACGUCAAACAUUUCAACCAGUUCGCUGAAGGGAAACUGUCGGUGUUCGCUGAAACGUAUGAGAACCAGACUCGGCUCGCCCUGGUGGGCAGCUGGGGAACUACAGGCCUGACCUACCCCAAGUUCAGUGACGUCACAGGACGAGUGAAGCUGCCGAAGGAGAGUUUCAAACCGUCGCCCGGCUGGGCCUGGGCCGGGGACUGGUACAUCAGCCCCGAGAAGACUCUGCUGUUUGAGGCGGACGCCGGUCACAUGACCUUCUCAGAGGAAGUGUUUGAAAACCAGAUGAGGUUACCAGGCGGGCAGUGGAUCGGCAUGCCGGAGGGAUACACCGACGUGAACGGAGAGAAGGCGGUGCCAAAGGAUGACGUGGAGUGUCCUCCGGGUUGGGCGUGGGAGGAGGUGGAGUGGAGUGAAGACCUCAACAGAGCCGUAGACGAUCAAGGGUGGGAGUACGGUAUCCCCAUCCCUCCAGACCGCCGCCCUAAAUCGUGGGUGCCGGCGGAGAAGAUGUACCACACCAACCGGCGCAGGCGUUGGGUUCGGAUGAGACGGAGAGACCAACAGAAGAUGGACGCUCUCAGAAAGCAGCGUCCGGACGAGUUGGACCGCGAGCUCUGGGAGUACGCGUCUCUGUUCGGGUGGAGGUUCCACCUGAAGCCCAGGAAGACGGACAGCUUCAGGCGCCGCAGGUGGAGGUGUCGCAUGGAGCCUCUGGAGAAGACGGGCCCGGCAGCCAUCUUUGCUCUGGAGUGUUCCCUGAGCAGCAUAGAGGACAAGAGCGAAGACAAGUCCAUCACGACCACGUUCGGAGUCAACAGACCGACCAUCUCCUGUUUCUUUGACAGUGGCAGCCGCUAUCACCUGCGUUGUUACCUGUACCAGGCCAGAGACCUGUUGGCCAUGGACAAGGACAGUUUCUCAGACGCGUAUGCCAUCGUGUCCUACCUGCACCAGUCCCAGAGGACGGUGACGGUGAGGAACACCUUGAAUCCCGUCUGGGACCAGACGCUCAUCUUCUACGAGCUGGAGAUCUUUGGUGACCCCGACGCCAUGAUGGCCAACCCCCCCGACGUCGUGGUGGAGCUUUACGAUCAGGAUACAUACGGUGCGGAUGAGUUCAUGGGCCGCUGUGUGUGCCAGCCCAGUGUGACUCCAUCCCCACGUCUCACCUGGUUCCCAGUUCACCUAGGGGGCAAGAGCGCCGGCGAGCUGCUGGCCGCCUUCGAGCUCAUACGCAGGGAAAAGCCAUCGGUUCAUCAUAUUCCAGGUCAAGAGGGUGGAGACAUCACGACGUCCACACAUGUUCUAGACGAGUUGAUGUUCUCAGGAUUCCUCACUGAAAACCUGCAGCAAUGGCCGGAGGAGUCGGACCUUCCCUACCUGCCUCCACAGAGAGAGCCCAACGUCUUCAUGGUUCCUCAGGGGAUCAAACCUGUUCUGCAGAGAACCGCCAUUGAGAUCUUAGCGUGGGGCGUUCGCAACCUGAAGAGCUUCCAGUUGGCCAGCGUUACCUCCCCGAGCCUGCAGGUGGAAUGCGGAGGCACCAUGGUCCAGAGCUGCGUCAUCCGCAGUGUGAAGAAGAAGCCCAACUUUGACGUCAAUAGGCUCAUCCUUGAUGUGAGACUUCCAUGCGAGGAGCUCUACAUGCCGCCCAUCAUCAUCAAGGUCAUCGACAACCGACAGUUCGGCAGGAAGCCGGUGGUCGGCCAGUGCACCAUCCGGUCGCUGGAGGAGUUCCGGUGCGACCCGGAGGAGGAGCGAGCAGCGGUGGAGGAGGAGAGCGAGCAGGACGGGUGGAGACGUGAGACGCCUCAUUCCCUCUCUGGGGAGGUUUUUGUUGACAUCGAUGACGAGGAGCCGCUGGUGCCGGAUCAGUUUGCAGACGGAGCCUGUUCAGCUAUCAUUAACCUUUCAGCCUCUAGCUCCAGCCUCCAUGGGGAGGAGUUCAUGGACUGGUGGAGCAAGUUCUACGCCUCGACCGGAGAGAAGAACAAGUGCGGGACGUAUCUGGAGAAAGGCUUCGACACACUGAAGGUGUUUGACCGGGAGCUGGAGAAGGUCGAGGGGUUCGGGGGUUUGUCAGAUUUCUGUCAGACGUUCAAGUUGUUCAGAGGAAAGACUCAGGACGAAGGAGAAGAUCCGUCGGUGGUCGGGGAGUUCAAGGGCAUGUUUAAGAUCUACCCUCUGCCACACGACCCCUCGGCCUCCGCUCCCCCCAGACAGUUCAGGAAACUUCCUCCUAACGGCCUCGAGGAGUGUUUGGUCCGGGUCUACGUCAUCGAGGCUCAGGGGCUGCAGCCCAAAGACACCAACGGGAAGUGUGACCCGUAUGUGAAGAUAACUCUGGGGAAACAGAGCGUCAACGACCAUGAGAACUACAUCCCCUGCACCCUGGACCCGGUGUUUGGAAAGAUGUUUGAGCUCCCGUGCUCCCUCCCCCUGGACAAGGACCUGCGGGUGAUGAUCUACGACCACGACAUGCUGACCAGGGACGAGAAGAUCGGGGAGACGGUGAUCGACCUGGAGAACCGCUUCCUGUCCCGGCACGGGGCGCUGUGCGGCCUGCCGCGGUCCUACUGCGUGUCGGGGGUGAACCAGUGGAGAGAUCAGCUGACCCCCCGACAGCUCCUGGGUCGAGUGUGUGAGAGACGGAACCUCCGGAGACCGGUCUACCAGGACGACUGCGUCCUCUUCAGAGGAGUCAGAUACACGGCCGCUGACCUCGACGACAAAAAUGUGUGUAAGCGUCACCUCGGUCCACUGAAGGAGCGUCUGUCGCUCCACAUCCUGAGGAAACUGGGGCUGGUCCCUGAACAUGUGGAGACCCGGCCUCUGUACAGCCCGUUGCAACCGGACAUCGAGCAGGGCCGUCUGAUGAUGUGGGUGGACCUGUUCCCCAAGUCCCUGGGCCCCCCCGGACCCCCCUUCAACAUCACGCCACGCAAGGCUAAGAAGUUUUUCCUGCGCUGCGUCAUCUGGAACACCAGUGAUGUCAUCCUGGAUGAUGUCAGCAUCAGCGGCGAGAGGAUGAGCGACAUCUACGUGAAAGGGUGGCUGGACGGUCACGAACACCUCAAGCAGAAGACGGACGUCCACUACCGGUCCCUGGGCGGAGAGGGCAACUUCAACUACAGGUUCCUGUUUCCCUUCCACUACCUCCCAGCGGAGCAGCUGUGUGUCGUGGACAGGAAGGAACAUUUCUGGAGCGUCGAUAAAGCCGAAACCAAACUGGCUCCGAAACUCACCGUCCAGAUCUGGGACAACGACAAGUUCUCCUUCGACGACUACCUCGGUCACCUGGUGUUCGACCUGAACCACAUGCUGCGUCCGGCCAAGUCUCCGGAGAAGUGUGACCUGCAGCUGCUGCAGCAGUCGGGGGGGCGGCUGGUGUCGCUGUUUGAGCAGAAGACCGUCAGAGGCUGGUGGCCGUGCACCUGCGAGAAGAACGGGGAGAAGAUCAUCGCUGGGAAGGUGGAGAUGUCUCUGGAGAUCGUGACGGAGCAGGAGCAGGAGGAGAGACCGGCCGGCCACGGCAGAGACGAACCCAACAUGAACCCACACCUGGAGGAGCCUCAGCGUCCUGACACCUCCUUCCUGUGGUUCUCCUCCCCGUUUAAGACGCUCAAGUUCAUCCUGUGGAGACGCUUCAAGUGGUUCAUCCUCCUCUUCGUCAUCCUCUUCCUCAUCUUCCUCUUCUUGGCCGUCUUCCUCUACGCCUUCCCGAACUACGCUGCGAUGAAGAUGGUGGGACCGUUCGGGCCGAGCAAAGCUGCUGAGUGACGACAAGGAGACGAGCGACCUUCUGGAAGUUUCAUGUUCUCCUCCGUUCUUCUGUUUCUUCUUCCCAAAGUUGAGGAAUGAAAACUGCAGAGAUGAACUGAUGAACUCGCUCUGACCUGAUUAGAAACACUGCGAUUCCCCAAUCUGUUUGUGUGUGUGAGUGUGUGUUUGUGUGUGUGUGUGUGUGUGUGUGUGUGUGUGUGUGUGUGUUUGUGCGUUUCACUGUCUCUGUGUCGCUGCACUUCCAUCAGAUCUCAGCCUGUGUCCUCGUCCUCCCUCCGCCGCCGCUUUCAUCUCUCGCUCCGUCUCAUCUGCGCUCACGCAGAGAAAAAGGGGAAUAAAAAGCGUCUUCCCAAAAAAAAAGAAGAGGAAACAGAAUCAAAGAUUGAGAUGUUCCCGCUUGAUCUUCUCACCCCCCCCGCUGUGUCCCGGGCGAGAGGCGAGGUCGGAGCAGGCGGCGACUCGUCAUCUUCAGAAUCUGGAACUUUAUCGCUCUAAACUCAAUUUGAAGAAAAAGAAAAAACCCAGAGCAAGAAAAGAUAUUUCACCAUUUCCUCUCUGAAUCGUCUCUGUCCACAUCCUCCUCCUCCUCCAUCUCCCUCCUCUCCUUCAUCCUUCUUUUCUGCUCCUCUUCUUCUUCUCUCUCCUCCUCCUCAAUCUCAUCUUCUUUUGCCUCUCAUUUCUUCUCUUCUUCCUCCUCCACCUUAUUUCCUCCUUCCACUCCAUUUUUGUUUCCUUCUAUUUGCUUCUCCUCCUCUUCUUUAUCCUCCUCAGCUUUCUUCAUCAUCCCAUUCUCUUCAUCCUCCCUCUCAUUUCUUCCUCCUCCUCCUCCUCUUCUCUCCUUCUCUUAAGGUAUCCCUUUGCUCCUCCUCUUCCCCAUCCUUCCUCUCUUCCUUCCCCCCUCCUCCUCCACCAUCUCAUUCUGUUCUCCUUCUUCUUUUUCUUUUACUUCCACCUCCUCAUUUUCUUCUUCUCCUUUACUUCUUAGUCCUCCUGCUUCAUGUAGGUUUGCUCCUGCUCUUCUCUGUCCAUUCUCUCCACCUCCUCUUCUCCAUCCUCCCUCUUCCUCCUCCUCCUCUAGUCUUUCUUCACUCUCAGGGCUCAGCAGGUUAAGUUGUGGAUUUGUUCUUGUUGAUCUUGGAGUUUGAGUCGUACUCACACAAAGAACGUUUACAGAUAGAAGGAUGAAGUCAGACACACACACACACGC